UAUACUGUGUUCUAAGCUAGCAUAGAGCAAAUUUUAUAGCAGGUGCAUAAAAUAAUUGUGUAGUGUAAAGAAACAACCAAAAAUAAAAUUAACGGUAGUAUAAAGUAGUUAACUCGAAAGGAAGGAAAGCAGCCUGUAAAUGUUCAUUUGCAUUUGACUUUUGACCAAUCGCUUUGUAAUCAUACUUUGACGUUUGACGUUGCUGUAGCCGUGCACCGUGCGGUAGGCUGAGACUUUGGAAGUGUUACGAAUAUGUACAAUGCUUUGGUAUUAAAAAUUCAGAAAAAAUAAAGUUUUAAAUUUUGUAUUACUUUUUUGAACUUCGUUGUCAUUACGAACUUGAAAAACAAUUUAACAGUUGAACUGGCUCGAAAUGGAAAUUAAGCUAACCUUGUGUGUUUACAUUACAAUUUUUGGUAUUUCUUGGGCUAAAAAGUCCCAAGACAGUAACAAACCCGAUUGGGCGAAGAAAGAUAUACGAGAUUACAAUGAAGCUGACUUAGAAAGACUUCUAGAUCAAUGGGAGGAAGAUGAGGAACCUUUGGAGGAAGAUGAGUUACCAGAACAUCUUAGACCACAGCCCAAGAUAGAUUUCAGUAAGAUAGACAUGUCCAACCCUGAGAACAUACUGAAGGUGUCGAAGAAGGGGCGCACUCUAAUGGUGUUUGUCAGCGUGAGCGGCGACCCGACGCGGGACGAGACAGAGUCGCUGACGAAACUCUGGCAGACCAGCCUUUGGAACAGCCACAUCCAAGCAGAACGGUAUCUGGUGGCAGACGACAGAAGUAUCUUCCUGUUCAAAGACGGUGCGCAGGCGUGGGACGCCAAAGAUUAUCUGGUUGAACAAGAGAGGUGCAAAGAGGUUGUCAUAGAGAAUAAAUCCUACUUUGGAAAAUAUACACCAGAGGGAAAAGCAGCAGCUUCAGAAGAAAAAACAGAUGAAAUGAAAACAAAGAAGAAAAAGAAGCGAAAAGAAGAGCUAUAAAAUUUUACUUUUGAUUGCCUGAUGAGAGUUUUGCCACUGAUUCCAGAAAAAUGCAUUGUGUUAACAUCAUGUAUGUUUUAUAUAUAUUUAUAAUUAGCUUCAGGAAAAGCAUUUUGUUGAUCUGACAGAUUUAAUUUAUAAGUUCAAGAUUUUGGUUUGAAAAAUGGGAACUGUACUUGCUAGUCAUAACUAGGGUUAGGAGUUUUCUGCACACCAAAGGCCAAAAUUCUGCGAUAGUGAAACACAAAUUCUGCGAAAGAAAACAAGAAAUUCUGUGAUAAAAAGUGUAAAGUUCUGCAAUUUAUUAAAAAUAGUUUAUCAUGUUUGAAACAUGUAUAUAUGUACAACCUAAAGAAGCCAGAUUUUCCAACGAGCUAACAAAAACGAUUUUGAAUAGCUGUUUUACCCCCGCUGGCUUCUUUAAAAACGUAUUUACUUUACGUAAGACAUUUUCAUUUACUUUAGUGGAUCACGAUGCAUCUAUAUACAUAUUUUUAUUUUUUAAUAUGCUGUAUGGCCUACAUCUUGCGCCAACGGCCAUAAGGUCAUUCUGUCGUAUUUGAAGCCUUUUAUCGAUCGGUUAGUCGAUUGAUGCGCACAUAUUUCCAUCGACUGUGACUACAGUCGUUUCAUAAACGCCGGUAGGAUCGCUCGCUCAAUUUGCUACUCUUCUUAUAAUCUUAUCUUUUGAUUCUCUGCAAACGAAAUUUAUUUUGCCGUACGUGAUAUUUUGGUAAUUCAAACUUGUAUUUUUUAACGGCAUUGCCGCAUUAAUUAUAUGAAAACGUAUGUUUUAUACAAUGUUUGGAAAUUAUUCACUCUGCCCAUAAUAAUUAAAAUAUUAUUUGGGAGAACAUAACCCUUGCACGCAUUUUUACCGUACUCAAAAUGGACAAAAAAGGUACAGCAAAAUCUGUGAUUCUACAAUUAUGCGGGACUCUUGUAAUUCUGCGAAAUAUUCCGCGAUCGCAGAAAACUCCUAACCCUAGUCAUAACAACUCAUAAGUAUUUUCUAGAGUUAUUUUAUACCCAUAUGAAACUUUGACAGUGAAAUUCCUUAUGUUUUUUUUUAUAUUCAUAUUGAAAAUAGUUUUAAUGUUGGUAGCAAAACUUGAUUUAAUUAACCUAUGUGAAUGAUUUUCAAUUACACAGUGAUAAUUAUUGUUACAAAAAAUAAGAUUGUAAUUUUUUUUUUCUUUGUUUGGACAAGACAGUUUAUUGUGUGGUAAGAAAUUGUAAUGUACUGCAAGAUAUUAACUUAGUUUGAAAAUUAUGUUGGGUAUUUCACAUAAAAUUAUAAUUUAUGAAUUUAUUGCAUUUAUAUUUUACUAUUUGUGGAAUUUUCUUUUGUUAAUGCAAUUAUUUCUUUUUGCUUUAGAAACAACAUGGGUGAUUAAAAAGUCUGUCUUCCAGCAUGUUGUUAUUUUUUUGUAUAUAAGGCCUAGUGUCCUAAAAAAAAGUCAUUAUUGCUAAACAGUGAACUCUAAAAUUAUAUAGUAAGCAACACUGUGUUUGAAAACUUCCUUUCAACAGAGAAAAUUUGUUGGUUACUAUAUACCUAAGAAUUUAAAGCACAUAAUAUAUUAUAUGGUAAACCACCACGUAGAGAGAGAAAUUUUUACGGACACAUUUUGCC